AAUAUAAUAGCGAAAUUGAAGAAAAGUUGGGCUCGUCCGGGAUUUGAACCCGGGACCUCUCGCACCCAAAGCGAGAAUCAUGCCCCUAGACCAACGAGCCGCACUUGUGGAUGCGCAGAUGUAUCUGAACUGCCUGAACUGAAGCAUAUGGGUAGCGGUGGUAGCCUGCUAGCCUUGAUUCAGGGUCGUAUUCUUGCGUACAAGAAGACCGAGGUCUUCAAAUGUGACACUUUCUAAACGCUUCAAUGUUUAACAACAAAUAUUUUGGGCAUUGAGCAGUAAUGUACUAAAAACAAAAUGUGAAUUUUGUCUCAAACAACUUUUUAUGGGGAACUAUAUCGCGCUAAGGUGUGUUAACGGGCUGCCUGCUCGUCUGCUUUACGGGUGUGUUUUUACUUUCCCACCGUGCUUGGACCGGGAAGCUGUUUAAAAUCCACUUCACCGCUUAACAGGAUUCAUUACAACCAGAAAAUGUCAUCAGGAGCCAAGCGACCCAAGGUAGACGACGACGCUCCCCUGCAGAACUUCCUCCGGUGGUGCGACAGUGUUGGUCUAGUGCUCAGCACAAAGGUACGUUUAAGCAAAGAAGGCACGGUGGCCGACUAUGGGAUGUUAGCUCAGGACGACAUCGAGGAAGGCACGGUGUUGUUCACCAUCCCAAGAUCAGCUCUUCUUCACCAGGGGACGACACACGUCUCAGCACUGCUGGAAGGAGAGAAAGUCUCCUUGGAGAGCUCAUCAGGCUGGGUGCCCCUCCUGCUGGCUCUGCUGUACGAAUACACUACAGCGCACUCACGAUGGAAACCAUACCUGUCAUUAUGGACCGACUUCAAGAUGUUAGACCAUCCCAUGUUCUGGUCCAAAAAGGAGCGAGACAAACUGCUGAGGGGAACCGGUAUCCCGGAGGCGGUGGACAAAGACCUGGCUAACAUCCAGAGGGAAUACAGAGACGUGGUCCUGCCCUUUGUUGCCAAGCAUCCUGACAUCUGGAACUCCCAGACGCACACGCUGGAGCUGUACACGGAGAUGGUGGCUUUUGUCAUGGCCUACAGUUUCCAAGAGCCACAAGAAGGGGAUGAUGAUGAUGAUGAUGAAGAUGACGAGACAGAGGAGAAGGCCCCCAAUCCACCUAUGAUGGUUCCCAUGGCUGACAUGCUCAACCACGUGUCCAAGCACAAUGCCAAUCUGGAGUUCACAGCAGACACUUUGAAGAUGGUAUGCGUGCGCCCCAUCAAAAAAGGUGAGGAAGUGUUCAACACCUACGGGCAGAUGGCCAACUGGCAGCUGCUGCACAUGUACGGCUUCACCCAGCUGCAUACCGACAACGCCGACGACACUGCUGACAUCCCCGUUGCCAACCUGCACAAAGCGGCCACAAGAGAGCCCGAUGGGGAUCAGCAGCUGUUGGAGGAGAUGUGGGAGAUGCUACGGGAGAAAGGUGCAUUUGUCUUUGGCAAAAACAGCUGCCUCACCGAAACGGAGCUACACUCAGUGCUCAAGGUGCUGUGCAUGUCCAGGGAGGAAUUCUUGGAGUUGAAAGACAACGACGACGGAUGGGAGGACGACGACGACGAGGAGAUUUCUCGGGGGUUCUCCAACGACGGGCUCACAGGAUUAAACAGCAAGUGGAAGCGGCUCCUGCAGGAAGCGGCACGUCUGACCGUGAGCGGCUACCCCGACGUGGACAGAGACCGGGCCGUGAUGGAGGACCAGGCCUCGCUAAAGGCACUGAGCAGCAGGCAAAGGAACGCGUUGCAGGUCCGAUGUGGACAGAAGAGCAUCCUGGACAAAGUCAUGGAGCUCACAAAGACAUGAACUUUUUCUCCACAUCCAUUAAUAAACAUUUCAUUGCAAUGUA